CGUACUUCCGGCGUGUGUCACAAUCGUCUGAAAGUAACUGUACCGUAUUUCAGGAUGCCGAAAGAAAACAGCAUGCGCGAUAAAUUGGAGGGAAAUGAGUUGGACCUAAGUUUGAACAAUUUAAGUGUUGUUCCUGUGAAGGAGCUGGCAGUCUUACCAAAAGCCACACGACUCGACUUGUCUUGUAACGCCAUAACAAGCCUUCCUGAUGCCUUCUGUAGCCUUAUACACCUAGUGAAGAUAGACCUGAGUAAAAAUCAGCUCCAGGAACUCCCGAAUCAAUUUGGUCAGCUUCAGAAUCUUCAGCACCUUGAUCUUCUAGGUAACCAGCUCUCUGUCCUCCCUAUUAGCUUCUUCCAGCUACGAAAACUCAAAUGGCUGGAUCUCAAAGAUAAUCCAAUGAAGGACGAUCUCAAGAAAGUUGCUGGUGACUGCCUGGACGAAGCUCAAUGUAAAAAGUGUGCUCAAAGGGUUUUAGACUACAUGAAAGGUAUCAAUUCUGCUGUGGAAAGAGAGAAACAGAGAAAACUUACCAUCCAAAGAGAGCGAGAGGCAGCAGAGAAAGCUUUGGAGGAAGAAGAAAUGCAGCUAAAACGUGAAAGACGUAAACAAGCAAAGUUAGAACGCCAGAGACAGCAGCAAGAAGAACGACAGAUGAAUCACCAACCAAAGGAAAACACAUUUGAGGAGGAAGAGGAAGAAGUUGAGGAAGUUGAAGUUGAUGGGAAACAACAACAGAGACAGUCUCACCAGAAAGGUGGAGGAUGCUGUUCUUGGUUAUUGUGGAUGGCAAUGUUUUCUCUGAUCAUAGCUUUGUUUAUUGGAGCUGCCAAUGUUUACCAGAAGGAAAUAGAAGCUAACCCAGUCUACAGCCAGCAUGUAAAACCAGUCUGGGACAAAUAUGGAAGCCCUUAUUGGAACACUUACAUCAUACCACCUUGGAAUUUAUAUGGAGACCCAACAUGGCAGAAAGUCAAAUCAUUUUGUCUGGAGAAAAGCAAAAAUCUUCAGGAUUUCAUUGAUACAAAAUUAUCAUCAGGGGACAUAAAGAAUAAAAAAUCAAAGAAUAAAAAAACAAAGAAAUCUGAUGAUAAAAAUAAAAGCUGAUAAACGGUAAAGGUUUGAAAUUGUUGAUUAAAUGUCUUAAAAGUAUUAAAAAAAAAAAAAUACUGAAUUGAACAUGCCAUUAUAUAAAGGUUCCAGCUAAGUGGUAAAGGGGUUGUGCUAAGAUUGAUUUCUUUUGCUAAAAAUUCAUCAACAAUGUCUGAUUUCAUUUGAUAAUGAUGUGAUACCUACAAUGUAUCUACUGACAUUGUUAAUUGAAUAAAAUACAGCAUGAUACACUAGUCAAAGAUUUGUUCAUUAUAAAUUUAGAGUUUUCCAAAAGUCAUAAGGUAAUACAAUUUAAUUCAUAUUUUCAUUCUGUUUUUAGAAGAAUCAUGAAAAAAAAAAUCUAUAUUUCAAUAUAAAAAAUGCAUCGUGAAAAUAUGAAAUUUUAGUGUACAGCUACAGUAUUGAUAAAUUAAACACCAUGGACACACAAAAUGUUUUUAAAAAAAAAAAGAGUUUUUUUACUGUUGAUAUUAUAGCAACAUUAUUUUGUGUUUGAGAUUAAAUGGUGAAUGUUAAGUAUGAAAAAGUGGAGUGAGUUUUAUCAUAGCUGAGCAUUGAUUACCACACAUACAGUACCACCUUGUACUAUUUAAUAUACAUAAAUAUUACAUGUACAUAUCUGGUUAUUUUUAAGGAUAUAUUCGUGGUUAUUCAGAAACACUCGGGCUUAAUAAUGAAAUUAUCUAGUUUGCUCUCCUGUAUCCAAGACACUUUGUAAACAAACAAUUCUAAAAAUGCAAUACAGAAUGUAUAUACCUGUGUAUGCUGUAUUGGACUUGGUUUUUAUAUUUCCACAAAAAUAAUGCAUUGUUUUAAAUCAGAAAUUAAAGGCACUGUACUGCAUAAUAUGAAUUCCAUAAUUUUGUAUUCAUUUGUGGUUCCCGAGUUUUGGAUAGUUGUACUACAAAUUGGACAAUUUUUAAGAAAAUAAUACAAUAAAAUUUUUAAUUAAAUUUUUUGUAAAAUGAACAUUGUGAGAUUAAAACUUUAUUUGUAGAAAAAAUGAAAUUGGAAAAUCACUGACUCAUUUUCAUGAACAUUCCAUAUUAAAAGUUUUGUUAUUUCAGUAGUGAUUUUAGUGGAAAUGUUUCAAUAGUACACAAUAAAGUAUGAUUUGGUGCCAUGCUUCACAUACUUUUGUAGAUAUAGAACAAAUAUAUUUAGAAAAGUCUUGCAUCAAAAUGCCCAAUUAUGUUUACGGAUAUACCUUAUGUACAUUGUAUAUUGUUUUACUAGCUUUGUCAUUGAAGUCAAUUUAAAAAUUGAGGACAUUUAAUACAAAUGAGAAAGUGCCUGUUGUAUGUUCCUUUUGAUGAAAUUUCACCUUUAUAUUUUCAUAGUACAAUUCAUAUCAUGCUGACAAUUACCUAAUGUUCAUUGAAUUGUAUUUGAAAUUUGAAAUAAAACUUAAAUCAAGCA